UUAUUUAUUACGAUCACUUAUUGAUGUUUCAUUUGAAAACAUUUGAGUUUUUCUGCCUAGAUUUUAAAAAUUACUUCUCUUUACGCAUACGCAAAAUCCACUCUUUGGUUUUACACAAUUUAGCCAUAUUUUAUAGCACGACGCCCCUCAUUUUCACGAAAUGGUUUAGUCUGGCGUUGGGCUCGUUCAUUUCAAUAAGAGUGUUUUUUUUCAAUUAUUGUUUUUUAUUAUUUGUCAUAUAUAACUAAUUAGGCUCUUAUCUAUCAUUUUAUAUUGAGAACAUUGUUUAUAAAUGUUACUAAAUGCAAUAGGGUUUGGAGGAAAUAAUUGUCGACUGAUUGGAUACACCCCCACCCGAAUAGUUUCAACCUGCCACUUCCUUGUUUUUCAAAAGUUUAUUUUGAAAAAAAAAAAAAAAGUUGGUUGCGUUUUCGGCAUCCCUUUUCCCAAAACCCACUUGUUUAAUAGUCAGAGUCACUGUAUUAAUUAUUAACAAUUAAUUCAACGCAUGCAUAGCUUUGAUGCUUCAUGACAGUAGCGAGCUCACAGUUUGAUCGAGGCAGAAUGUUGUCGGCCACCGCUGCCAGCGUCGAGGAUUUCAGCCUCAGGUUUCCACUGCAUGCCCUAGUGUGGGAGAAUGACCACAGGAAGCUGGAAAAAGAGAUACAGACGAGUAACAUUGAAGAGGUGGAUCCUAGGGGCCGGACGCCUCUACACCUGGCCGUCUCUCUAGGACACCUGGAGUCAGUGAGAGUGCUGCUCCGACACGGCGCAGACGUUUCCAAAGAGAACCACAAAAAUUGGACAGUGCUGCAGGAAGGAGUCAGCACAGGAGAUCCAGAGAUGGUGCAGCUGGUGCUCCAGAGACGAGAUUACCUUAAAGCCUCCACCGCGCUGGGUGGUGUUCCUGAGUUACUGUGCAAGAUCCGAGAGUCUCCAGAUUUCUACAUGGAGAUGAAGUGGGAGUUCACUAGCUGGAUUCCUCUCGUAUCGCGUGUGUGUCCCAGCGACGUGUGCAGAAUCUGGAAGAGUGGGGCCUUUCUGAGGGUGGACAUCACCCUGCUGGGCUUUGAAAACAUGACCUGGAUCAGAGGAAGAAGAAGUUAUAUCUUUAGAGGAGAAGAUAACUCGACUGAGCUGAUGGAAGUUAAUCACGAGGAUGAGGUGGUGGACACGGAGCGCUUCGAUCUCUCCCGUGAGAUGGAGGACGUCACACUGGACUCCAUGCAGCCCGCCGAACAAGAAGUAGCUAAGAGGCUGACAACACCCAUUAUCAACACGUAUCUGGACACAAAGAACAUUGCAUUUGAGAGGUCUAAAUCCGGUAUCUGGGGUUGGAGGUCAGACAGAACAGAAGUAGUAAAUGGAUUUGAAGCCAAGGUUUUUUCAGUGAACAAUGUGAACGUUGUGAUUCGCACCAGGACGGAGCACCUCACAAACGAGGAGAAGGCCAGGAUAAAAAGCGAAAGGAAUGUUCUGGAGUCUUUACUCGGGACAGUAGAGCAACAGAUUGGUGCUCAAGGGGACAUGACUAUGGAGUAUGCCACUGCCACAAACCCCACAGCUAUCACUCCAGAGGAGUACUUUAACCCCAACUUUGACCUGCAGGGCAGAGACAUCGGUCGGCCCAUUGAGCUCACCAUCAGAACACAGAAGUUUAAAGGCACCCUGUGGAUGAGUGAAGAGCAUCCUCUGUCUCUGGUGGAGCAGGUCACUCCCAUCAUUGACCUGAUGGCUCGCACCAGCACUCACUUUGCCCGACUCAGGGAUUUCAUCAACCUCAGAUUUCCCCCUGGCUUCCCUGUGAAGAUCGAAAUCCCUCUGUUCCAUGUGUUGAAUGCCCGCAUCACAUUUGGAAACGUCAACAAGUGCAGUACAGAUGAACCUUUGGACUCCAACCAAUCAGCUUCUACACCCACACCUACAGAAGAGAAGUGUGACAGCCAGGCUUCAGGAUCUGCUCCAUUCAAGGUAUGUCCAUCUGUGUUCGUGGCACCUUCGCACUAUCAUCACAGAGGAGGCUCCCGCCAAUCCAACACACGCCAUUACACCCCAGCCAGUCACGAUGAAGAGCUGCUCCAGUAUGCCAUUCACCAGAGUCUGCUCGAGUCCAGCGCACUCAAUUCACAGGACACUUGGAGUGAUUCUGAUGGACAGGCAACACAAUCCACGAUGAAUCAGUUGAGCGAUGGGUCUGGGUCUGAAGGAGUUUUAGUAGACCUUAGUGACACCACGCCCUCAAGCCCUGGCUCCACCUCCAGCCCCGACUCUGAGCUGCGAUUGGCUCUGGAGCUCUCGACCCGGGCACAGGAGGAGGAGGAAAGGAGAAGGAAGGAGGAAGAAGAGGAAUUACAGAGGAUUUUACAACUCUCCUUAACAGAAAAGUGACAGAGUAAGAUGAGGGAAGGAAAGAAAAAGGGAGUUCCUGUUAUUGCCAUAAGCAUUAAACGUUUUUAUUUAUACUCCUCUUCA